UUCGCGCCUAACCUUUGACCUUCCCUCCUUCCCUCCAUCUCACACUUUGUUGGUCACGUGACUGGGCUCUCUGCGCGUGCUUGCGUGGCUGCGCGGGCGCACCAGCGUGAUGUAGUUCCGGGUACGGCGAGCGUGAGUGUGGCGGCAUCUCCCCCCCACCCAUCCACCCCCAGUUACCGGCAACACCCACGGACGCACACGCGACAUUUAGACGCGACCCUCGUCGCGGCGGACCCAAGCUCCCGAGAGCCGCCAUGCUCACUCGGGUGAAGUCGGCCGUGGCCACCCUCAUGGGGGGCGUGAUACCCGGCGGCGGCGGCGGCGACCGCGACCCCUCCGGCGCCUCGGAGGUGGCUCCCAAAUUCCCGUACGGCAGACCGGAGUUCCUGGGGAUGUCGCCGGACGAGGUGGAGUGCUCGGCGGACCACUCGGCGAGGCCCAUCGUCAUCCUGAAGGAGAGCAAGCGGCUGCCCUGGUCCACCGGCUACGCGGAGGUGAUCAAUGCAGGAAAGAGCACAUUAAAUGAGGAUCAGGCCUGCUGUGAUGUGCUGGUGGUCAAGAGAAGACCGCCGGGAAGCGCUGCCGCAUCCACAUGGGGGCCCAUGGCCCGGAGGAGGUCCUCCCUGCCCAACGGAGGGGGUCUGGGCCUCAGGGAGAGCCUGGCCAACUCCGGCGACCUGACCUUCCACUACUGGGGCCUGUUCGACGGUCACGCCGGCUGCGGGGCGGCCGUGGUGGCGUCGCGCCUCCUCCACCACCACAUCGCGCUGCACCUCGAGGAGGUGACGGACAUCCUGUGCACGCCCGACCUCCCGCCGCCCACCUGCCUGAGCGACGAGCCCUUCGGCUUCAACCGCCAGCACCUCACGGCGACGUCGAACUCCCGCGGCCUCACCAGGGCCGUGUCGCUGAGGGGGGCCGCCGGCGCCCCCGGAUCCCCGAGCGCCGCCCCCACCCGCUUCUUCGCCGAGAAAAAAGUGUCGCACGAGAGCCUGGUGAUCGGUGCCAUUGAGAACGCGUUCAAAGACAUGGCUAGAGUCUUCCUGGUGGAGAUGGGGAGGACGAAGGAUGUCCAAAUCGAAAAGGAGCGAGCCAUGUACAACACGUCCGGAGGCUGCACAGCUCUGGUGGUGCUCUACGUUCUCGGGAAGCUCUACGUGGGGAACGCCGGCGACAGCAGAGCCGUCAUCGUGCGGGGAGGCGAGGUCAUCCCAAUGUCGACAGAGUUCACGCCGGAGUCUGAGAGGCAGCGACUGCAGUUCCUGGCCUACAUGCAGCCCCACUUAUUAGGAAAUGAGUUUACACAUCUGGAGUUCCCGAGGAGAGUGCAGCGGAAGGAGGUUGGCAAGAGGAUGUUGUACCGCGAUUUCACCAUGUCAGGAUGGGCUUAUAAAACCAUCGAGGACAAGGACCUGAAGUUUCCUCUCAUCUACGGCGAAGGGAAGAAGGCUCGUGUGCUAGCGACCAUCGGCGUCACGAGGGGUCUCGGCGACCACAAUCUCAAAGUGCACGACUCCAACAUCUACAUCAAGCCUUUCCUCUCCUGUUGCCCAGAAGUCAACGUUUACCCGUUGGCGCAGUUGGAACACGACUCCGACGACGUUCUCGUCCUGGGAACCGACGGCCUGUGGGACGUCCUGUCCAACCAGGAAGUGGCGGAGGCAGUCACCUGCUCUCUGGCCAACUGCAACCCCGACGACCAGCACAGGUACACCACGGCCGCCCAGGACCUGGUCAUGAGGGCUCGCGGCGUGCUCAAGGACGGCGGCUGGAGGAUCUCCGGGGACAGGCUGGGCUCGGGAGACGACAUUUCCGUCUACGUUAUCCCCCUCGGCCGGCGCGACACGCUCUGCUGAACCCGAACCGCGUCACGUGACCUCGGACUUGUUCGGCAUCCGUUGCGGAACCGACCUCCUUCGGAUCAUUGGAGGAUUUGGACCGCGUGUUCCGUCGGGUGUGUUAUUAAUUCUUGGAAGCCAUUUUUGGUAAAAACAUACAGAUGACGUUGUAUAUGUUUACGAGGAAUCGAGCCAUUUUUUUUUUUUCGGGGGGUAUUUAAAAACAAGAACAAAAAAUGGUACGUUAAUGCUCAAAUUUAUUGAUUCAUAUUUCAAAACAAAUCUCAAAAUGAAUAGAACAACUGGUUGAUGAAAUGUUUUUGACUGUGGCGGGAACUUUUUUUUUUUUUUGAAGCCAUAAUUCAUAGCCUCUGCCAGCUCUAUCUUCCUUUGUAAAUAUAAAUUUUUUGAUCCGCCACAUGCAAAUGAAAUGCGCGCCAUAUGUAAUUGUGGUGUUUAAAUGUAAAUGUGAUUGGGAAAAAAAUGGCCAUUGUCAAAGUUCUUCAAGUCAUUUCAAGCACACGUUCUCGUUUCAUAAGUAAAAUGUGAUUUUUGAAUUGUUUUUAGAAGGGAUCACGAAUGUUUUCUUAGCAUUUUCUGAUUUUCGUUCUCGAGUGAUAGUUUUUCACGUGAUGUAAAUAAUAGUUGACCGUGUGUUUCUCGAACUGUGAAUUUUGUACAUCUCAAAAUGUUAUAUUUCAAACGGGAGCUGUUUGGUUCCCCACAAUUAAAAGUAUUGUCCUCCACAACUGAUGUUUUAUUGAUAUAUAAUGUAAAAAUAUUCAAUAUUGGAUGUAGCAAACAUGAUUUAGUCACUUUAAGCACAUGUAAAUAUUCGAAUGGACUGGAGCAAAUUGUGCCUUUACCAAAAUUUUUUUUUUUU